AUGGCACAGCAGGCGCAGCAGGCGUCCACGUCGGGUCGCACUGCCGUGCGCGUUCCCGGACCCGUCGAGACAUCGAUGCAGCAGAAACUCAUCGAGGCAUUUCAGCCGCAGUUGAUCCGCAUCUCGAACGACUCGUCAAAGCACGCACACCAUGCUGCAAUGCGAGCGGCGGGCGGCGGCAACGGAGAGACCCACUUCGCCGUCGCCAUUGUCUCUUCGGCAUUUGAAGGGAAGACCCAGAUCGCGCGCCACCGCCUCGUUAACGGGCUGCUCAAGGACGAGUUUGACAUGGGCCUGCACGCGCUAUCACUGCGUCUCAAAACGCCGGCUGAGUGGGAGAAGACCGAUGGUGCCCAGGCCGCAUAG